AUGUGGAUGUUUUCUUGGCUGUGUGCCAUUUUAAUUAUUUUGGCUAUUGCUGGUAUGGACACAGUAGCAAAGACCACACCACAUUCCAAAUUUACGAAGAAAUCUGAGGGAAAAGAGAUGCUGAAGGGUCUAAAGCCGUCCAGUGGCCCACCUCCGGAAGAAGAGGACAUUCCUUUCCCAGAAGUGGCUGAAGUGGCGGAACCGACCCCCAACCCCCCAGCCCUAGAUUCUGCCUUCGGUACUGCCACUCUCUUCCCCUUUGAAAACUUCACUCUUGACACGGCUGAUUUCUUUCUGAAUUGCUGUGAUUGCUGUUCAUCUGUACCAGGGCAAAAAGGAGAACCUGGAGAGACUGGAAAGCCAGGUCCUAAGGGAGAGGCUGGUAAUCUGGGGAUCCCAGGGCCACCAGGAACUGCUGGACCCCAAGGUCCAAAAGGCCAGAAAGGAGAGAAGGGACUUAAGGGAGAACGUGGGGACCAAGGAACAAGUGGGGUUCCAGGAUACCCGGGAAAACCCGGAGAACCAGGUGGCCUUGGUCCUAAGGGGGAGAGAGGAAACAUUGGACUGACGGGAGCGAAGGGGCAAAAAGGCUCCAAGGGGGACAUGUGUGCAAAUGGUACCCAAGGAGAUAAAGGAGACCGGGGGGCUGUGGGCUUACCCGGCUUGAAUGGAGAGCCUGGGGCCAAGGGAGAGAAGGGGGAGAUGGGGGAGAAGGGCUACUGUGGAGAGUCUGGGCAGAGGGGAGGGAAGGGAGAAAAAGGUGAGGAAGGUCUGAAAGGGGAAAAAGGUAGCAAAGGAGAUACUGGAACAGAAGGCAAAAGUGGCUCAGAGGGCCUGCCUGGGGCCCCUGGUGAUCCAGGGGUUAAAGGAGAAAAGGGAGAGUUAGGUCCUCCUGGUCUGGUGGGUCCCAUGGGGCCAAAAGGUGAGCUUGGGAGCAAAGGAGUCCGGGGGUCUAUUGGCAAGAAGGGCUCUCGGGGCUUCAAAGGCUCCAAGGGGGAGGUGGCCAGAGUGGUGCGGUCAGCCUUCAGCGCGACUUUAUCGAAGCCUUUCCCUCCUCCCAACAUCCCAAUCAAAUUUGACAAGGUUCUCUACAAUGACCAAGGGGAUUACAGCCCUGUCACUGGCAAAUUCAACUGUAGUGUUCCCGGGGCGUAUGUGUUUUCCUACCAUGUCACUGUGAGGGGCAGGCCUGCUCGCAUCAGCCUGGUGGCCUGGAAUAAGAAGCAGUUCAAGUCCAGAGAAACGCUCUACGGCCAUGAAAUAGACCAGGCUUCUCUCCUCAUCAUUCUGAAAUUAAGUGCAGGGGACCAAGUCUGGUUGGAAGUUUCAAAAGACUGGAAUGGAGUAUAUGUCAGCCCUGAGGAUGACAGCAUUUUUACUGGGUUCCUUUUGUAUCCAGAGGAAAGUUCUGGAAUUUCACCAUAA